AUGAUUGCUAUUAGUACGAAAGCGUGGCUUUCAAACUUUAUAAUAAUUGGGGCUCCAAGAGAUAAUUCUGUUUUGUUAGAUGAAUCAAUUUUUGAAUCUGGUGGAAUAUACAAUUGCACAAUUCCCUCUGAAAACAAAACUCCUCGAUGUAGUGAAAUAGGUCUUGAUCCGCAAGGAAAUUAUUCAAAGCAUUCAGACAAUCAAUGGUUAGGUGGCACAAUUUAUGGUAACAGUGACGAUAUGGGUUCAAUUACGGUUUGUGCACCUAGACAUUUUUUUAUUUUUAACUUGAAUGGAGAAGAUCAAGAAAUUAUGGACGGGAAUUGUUAUGAACUAAAAUUUAAUAAAAAUGAAAAUCAUUGGGAAAUAGAAUUUUAUCCACAUAAAAGCGAAGAUUCUUCAGAAGGAUGUAAUCGAUAUGAAUUUUCUCAAAUGGGAUUUAGUUUAUAUAAAGAUGAAAUAAAUCGAAAAACUAUUUUUGGCGAACCUGGUGCUUUACAUUGGGAUGGUAGAGCAUCAAUUUAUACAGAUUUUGAAAUAGAGCACAUAAAUUUUUUAUCAAUUUCUGAAAAUUGUAUUGGUUCAUGGUCAUAUAUGGGAUAUUCAGUAGUAACAGGAAAAUUUGAUAAAAAUGCAAUUGCUUCUUAUUAUAUUAUUGGAGCACCUAAACUUUUCGACACGGGAGCUGUUUUGAUUUUUGACAAUUUCCAAGAUCAAACUACAAUGAAAUUUAAUUUAACAGGCAUACAGAAAUAUGAAUAUUUUGGAUAUAGUUUAUUACUUGAUGAUUUAAAUGAUGAUAGAAUUAACGAAUUAAUUGUAUCAGCUCCAUUACACACCGAAAAAGGACGAUAUGAAAUUGGUGUAAUUUAUAUAUUUAAUAUUGAAUCUGAUUUUCAAGUUACAAAUAGAAUUAUAAAACCACCAUUUUCAAGAAGAUCUGCAAAAAGAUUUGGUACAGCAAUGACGAGACUUGGUGAUAUAAACCAUGAUUCUUUUAAUGAUAUAGCAGUAUCUGCACCAUUUGGAGAAAAUCCUGUUGUAUAUUAUAUCCUGUUGUAUAUAUAUUUUGGUAGCAGUGAAGGAUUAAAAGAAAAUCCAGAACAAAUUUUAAGAUCACCAAGAUAUUUAAAUAUUAAUAGUAUGUAUGGAAUGAGUUUAGGUGGUAGGGUAGAUGUAGAUGGAAAUGGAUUUAAUGAUUUAGUUAUUGGUGCACCAAAUGCUGAUCAAGUUUUUUUAUAUUUAACAUAUCCCACCAUUUCAAUAGUUGCAACUUUUCAAAAUUUAACUGAUGAAAUUCCAAUUGGGAAAGAUCAUUUAUUUAAAACCUUUUCUGAUGUAACGGUGAAAUCUAGAUAUCCGGAUAAUCGUUUAACAUUUCUUUCUAAAGAAUAUAUGAAAGUUACAGAAAAAAAAUAUAGAAUAACAAUUGAAUCUGGUGAAAAUAAUUGUGAGACUAAUUUUCUAUUAAUUAAGUAUGAAGGGCAAGAAAUUAUGACACCUUUUGAAAUUGAAAUGAGCUAUGAAAUCGUACAGAAUCCAUUAACAGAAGAAUUUUGUAAGAAUUGUGUUACUGUCAAUGAUCAUAAUUCAAAGGGAACCAUAUACAAAAAAUUUAAAAUGACCGAUACUUGUAAUGAUUGUAUACCAGACUUAAAAAUUAAUGUGACUUCUAUGGAAAAAGCCUAUUUACCAAAAAUUAAUAUAACUUCAAAUCAUAAACUUUCUUUUGGAAAAAUACCAAAAUUCUGCAAUGAAAUCAAUUUCGUAUUGCAAUGUGAUUUGUGGCGUAAUGAUGACUUAUACUUACGACUGGAUGAUUCGGUAUGA